AUGGCUCCCACAAAUGUCCUUAUUACAGGUGCCAACUCCGGGUUGGGUCUUGCAAUAGCAAAAGUUCUAGUACGCGUGUCAGAGAAUUUUCAUGUCAUCUUAGCCAGUCGGUCUCGUGAUAAAGCCCAAGCUGCGUUGGACGAAAUCGAAGCUGGUGGUCCAAAAGGAUCAGUAUCUAUUUUGCAACUGGAUGUCACGAACGAGGAAUCAAUCAACGAAGCUACCGGAUACGUUCAGGAACAUUUUGGGUAUUUAGAUGUGCUUGUUAACAAUGCCGCCGUCGGUUGUUUGGAUGUUGAUGAUGUCAAGACUCGCUUCCAAUGUUGUCUAGAGACUAAUGUGCUUGGACCAGCCAUGGUCUCUGCAGCUUUCAGGCACUUGCUGCUCAAGUCUGCGAACCCAUACUCAAUUUUUGUGGGCACUGGCGCGAGAUCGUUACCACGAAACGCUAUACAGCAGCCUCCAAGCCACUUCAACCACAUUCGGAACGGUGAUGCAUACCAGGUCAGCAAAGCUGCCCUAAAUAUGCUUGCUGUACUGGAGGCGCGGGAUUAUGGUCCUCAAGGCAUUAAAGUAUUCGUGCUGAGCCCGGGUCUGUUUCGAUCGAACCUUCGUGGGACCAGCGAGGAGGCAAAGAGCGGAUGGGGCAAAGCUGAAGACCCAGAGGGUGCUGCAGAGGUUGUCCUGUCUAUUCUGCAAGGAAACCGCGAUUCUGAAGUAGGACAACUGAUCCACAAAGACGGUGUGUACGAGUGGUAA